AUUCCACGGUUACUUUAACAGGGAGAGAGAAAGAUUGUUGGAUUUGAAGAAAACAGCGAUGGCGAGGCGAGUCGAGACUCGGAAUGAAUCGGGAUUGACUCGGGUGGUUGAAUCGGUCUUCGCCUUUGUGAGACACGCAGAGUUUGAGAUCCUCUUCUUCCUUUUCUUCUUCAUCGCUUAUCUUCUCUUCAAAGACAUCACCUCAAGGCCUGAGUACAAUCAAAUGUUUGUAAAGAAGCCUGGUGGACCAGAAUUUUGGCCUUUUUAGAAGGAUGGAUACUUGUUCAGACAUCAAGGCCUGAGUACAAUCAAAUGUUUGUAAAGAAGCCUGGUGGACCAGAAUUUUGGCCUUUUUAGAAGGAUGGAUACUUGUUCAGGUUGGCCUUCUUUGCCCGACCUGUGAUGCUUUGGAAGAUUUCCUUUUGUAGUUGUAUCUUUAUGUAACUAGUAGGCGAAACAUGUGAAAGUAUCACAUUCCACUUAGUUGUAUAACAAAAUAAAGCAAAAAGGUUUACAGCAGUUUGUUUUUUCCUCUUGCUGUCUC